GGAGUCCACGUCAUUUUCCGCUGUUUCUCAUUUGCCCGCUGUUGAACUCGGGUGUCCUUUCCAAAUGUUUUAUCCGCUCCACUGGCGGGCCUCGCUCUCGGCCCUUCGACCCGACUUCCCUCUUCCGCUUCCUUUCCGUUCUGGCAACGGGCAAAGAGUCGCCGACGGCCCAACGAGAGCCGAUCGCCGCUAUUUAACCCCGUCGAAUUGGCGGGGGCGCGCCCAGAGCGCUCGACACUCCGUCCGCAUUCAUUUCUCGCCUCCGCCAGAAGCCAUGAAGAGCAUUUUCCUUUUUGCCGCCGCGGCGCUGUCUGUCGCCGCCGUCGUCUCGCAGCGGAACGUCACAAUGAACCUGCAAGUGUUCCCGGCAAAGAGCGUCGCCGGAGUGAUCCAGAUCAGCCUUGUGAAUGACAAAAAGCAGCCCGUGUACGGUUUCGAUAUCACCGAAGCGCGAAACCUUUGCGCUCACCUCGGACUCGACCUCGCCUCCAAAGACCAAGUCACCGAAGCCCACAAUCGGGGCUUAGAGACGUGCAGGUUCGGGUGGAUUGAUGAGCAUUUUGCAGUCAUCCCUCGCGUCCGGGCGCUCUUGAACUGCGGCCAAAACCGGACCGGCUUGGUCCCGUGGCGAGCCGCAUUGGACAAAAAGUUUGACGUGUUUUGUUUCAACCAAUCAGAUUACACGGCAGAGGAAGAAACGACGACCCCGGUUUCCUCGGACUCCCUGAGUCCGACACCCGCUCUCUUCGUUUUGGACCUUUCUUCGACCUCCGACCUCUCGUUGCUGGACAGCCUGGAGCGGGCACAGCUGGCCCGCUUAUCCGGCGGCGACCAAAGCUCCGGGAGAGGAAAAGCGAUUCUCAUCACCUCGGCCUGCGCCGUCCUCCUUGCUGCCGUUGCCGUCCUUGCGUACGUGAAAGUGAAGAGGCGCCUCCACAGGGCUGACGCGGCCCAAGAGCGAGGAGAAGUCGUUGAGAGCAGCAGUUAAAUGAUGGCCCCGAGCUAUCCUCCGUCCGAUUUCAGCUUUAUUGUGUCUUGCGUCUACUGUUCAAUGCAGCAGCCUGUAAGAAUGUUCUGUAUGUACAGUAGAGCCACUGGAACAAUCACAAUCAUUUGUUUUUGUCAUUUGGAUUUUGGAAGUACGUGCAAGUAAAGUAGACUAGACAUCAUUUAUCCGUGUGUAACAUCCCAUUUGUCCAAACUAAACUGUGUGCAAAGCUU